AUGAUACUCCUAUUGUUUUCGGUGGGCCUCUUGCUCGUGCUACUACCGAAUCUUGCCGCGGCCAUAUCCCCGAUAUCCGUCAAGGGGACCAAGUUGUACGACCAGGAUGGAAACCAAUUCUUUGUCCGAGGUGUCGCCUACUCACCUCCGGCCGGGGACUUGGACCCUCUCUUGGACACUAAACAGUGUGAAACGGACGCGGGGUUGAUGCAAAAGGCGGGAAUUAAUACCGUUUAUGUCUACACGGUCGAUAAUGAGCAGGAUCACGAUGGCUGCAUGAAGGCGUUUGCGAAUCAUGGCAUCUACGUCUGGCUCCAGCUGGGAGACUUUCCCCGUUCCACCAAAACGACCCAAGACAAACCCCAAUGGACCCUCUCCGUCUACGCCAAAUGGACCGAAACCCUCGACGCCUUCGCCCUGUACCCCAACAUCCUCGCCUUCGGCAUCGGCCAAGAAACCAUCCCCGAACCCGGCGUUGCCACCAAAGUCGCACCCUCCCUCAAAGCCGCCGCCCGCGAUCUCCACGCCUUCCGCAUCGCCCGCGGCUACCGCCCCAUCCCCUUAUCCUAUUCCGCCGCCGACAUCGACUCCCUCCGCUUAAUCACCGCCCAGUACCUCACCUGCGACGACCCUUCAUCCCCCUCCUCCUCUUCUUCUUCUUCUUCUGCUUCUCCUUCCAACCGAACAACCUCCUCCAUCGACCUCCUAGGUCUCAACCUCUUCGAAGACGCCUCCUGCUCCCUCACAACUUGGAAAUCCCUCUACCAAUCCCUACGUUCCCUCCCCCUCCCCAUCCCCGUCGUCCUCUCCGAAGCCGGCUGUCGACCCUCCUCCGAUGACCCAUCAUCCCCCCGCACCUUCGCCGAAGUCGCCCGCGCCCUCUCCCCGACCUACCAAGACGUCUUCUCCGGCGCUAGUGUUUUCGAGUGGACGAUGCAUGACACGGGGUUUGGGAUCGCUGAGUAUGCUGAUGAUCGCGGCGCGGGGGAGGUGCCGUCGACGACAGCUGCCGAUUUCGAGGUAUUAGCGAGUUUAUUUGGGGAGGCGGCGAAGACGGCGACGGGGACGCCGGCGGGGGAGUAUACGCCUGUUGCUAGGACGGUGGCAGCGGCGUGUCCGACGAUGGAUGAAGCCAGGGGUUGGUUGGUACCGGGGGGUGCGGCAUUGCCGGUUAUUGAGGGGUUGGAGGUGGGGACGGUGACUGUGAAGACUACUGUUACGGCUGCUACGGGAAACCAUGGUAUUGCAGCUACGGGGGAGGUGGAUGUGGGGAGUAGUGGUGGUGAGGGAACGGGAUCUGGGGGAUUAUCAACAGGCGCGAUAGCCGGCAUCGCAAUCGGGUGCGUACUCCUCGCAGCGCUCGCAGUAUCCGCAGCGGCGUUGCUCUGCAUCCGCCGCCAACGCCGGAAACGCGAAGCGGAAGAAGACACAGACCUGCAAGUGGUCGAAAACGCGCAGUACUACCCUCCCCAUCAACGGCCACCAAGCUAUGUAUACCCCACCGGCAAGUUCGAGUUACCCACGCACGCGCACGCCGCGACGGAGAUUGGAAGCUCGCAGACCUCUCUCUCAACGGCUGCGGCUGCGGCUGCGGGGGGGUGGAAGUUUCCGAUGAUGCAGGGGCAAUGGCAAGGGCAAGGGCUAGGGGGAAGGGAUGACUCGCCGACGGUGAUGACGGAGUUGCCGGAGAAGGCGUGGAGGAGGAAUACGCAGCAUGAGUUGGAGGAUUCGAGUUUGGGGACGGGUACGAUGGAGUUGUCGAGGAUUGGGACGGGAACGAUGGGGACGAUGGGGACGUGGAAGGUCUCGCCUGUUAGUCAGGGGAAUAAUCUGUAUAUUUGA